GGGUGGUGUUGUGCACAGAUUGAGAUCCAGAAUCCAGAGAUGGGGUUAGAUUUAUUAUGUUUUGUGUUUUAGUUGGGACAGUGCUGCUAGAUGUUGCCGUAACUUUUGAAAACUUUUGAAGACUUUUGAAGGCAUCUUUGAGCAAACCAGUGGAGCUUGCUGUUAUAAACAGUUUUGUAAUAAAUGCUGACUGUCAAAAGUGCCAUGGAAUUGCAGUCCUCCAGCUUGGAGAUGGUGAAUGAAAUCUCCAGUUUGGAUGACCUGACCAUCUCGGACAAGGCAAAUUCAACUGGUUACCCUGACUAUGUCUACUUCAAUGCAGCAACAAUUUUCCAGAACAACCAUGUGGAGAAACCCCAAGAUCAACAACUAGUGGACUACGGCAAAUUAACCAAUCUCCCUAUGCCAGCGUUCGAAGAUGAAAAGUCUCAAAGUUGGUCUUUCGAACUUGCAUUCAAUGCAUUAAAAUAUCAAGAUUUUCUUGAAGAUUUAAUGAUUGACAGCUGUUUUUACCCAUCUAAUCCAACUCAUGAUGACUUGACUAGCCUGGUUGUUGUGAUGUUGUAUGAUUUCCAAGAUCGCAAGUUUCAACCCAGACUCUGUCUUGCUGAUGAAGAGGAGAUAGAAGAAGUGAGAGAAGUAGAAAAGUGCCUGAACAGUUUUAAAACAAAAAUAGCUGCUUCUCUGGCUCGCUGUCGAAUCAAACUCGACAUUCUGACUAUCGACUAUCUCUUGCCUGAAACUGUAAGGACAAAACAAGAGAGAGCCUCUACCCUCCCUCUAUACGCUUGGGUGAACACAAUAAAAACUAGCCUUGAAGACGUGUGCAAUUCCUUGGUGAGAGAGGGAUUUUUGAAGGUAAAAUCAAUCACUGAACUUGAAGGAUUAACUUUCUGUCAGGACCUGCACUGUCAGGAUUUGUUGGUUUUUCCUGCUCACCUCAAAGCUGACCUUUGUGGAAUGGAGCUCUUUACAGACUACAGGCUAGUUUUUCAGGAUAAAUCGUGCAGUCUGGCUGUACACUCCGCAAAGGCCUUGAUGAACAUGGAUGAUAAUGUCAUCAUUGGAAGCAUGGCAUCAGGCUUGACCAUCGCUCACAUGUCUACACUGACCAAUCAGAACACAAGCAAGAUAUUUGUUUGUGGGGUGAAAUCUAAAUCUCAGCAAGAACAACUGCGACAUUUGUUCACACAAAUGCAUUGCAAAAAUAUAAAGCUAAUACCUGACACCUUUACAGACAUUGAACCUACAGAUGCACGGUUACAAAAGGCUAAAAUUGUUUUGCUCCUGCCUCAGUGCACUGUAUCUGGUGUCAGUAACCCAGUCGAGUUCAUAUUAAAUGAAAAUAGAGAUGCUGGUCUUCUCCAGGAUCUUUCCAGGGGAUCAAUAUCAGAAGAUAAACUGAAUGACCUUGUCAAGCACCAAGAACAAAUCCUGACACACGCAGUGAAAUUUCCCAGGGUGCAGGCUGUGGUGUACUGCACAUGUUCAGUUUACCCAGAGGAAAAUGAAAAUGUCGUGAAAAAAGCACUGGCAUAUAAAGUUGAGGGAAACCAAGUACAGCCGUACAGACUCAGUCCCCCAGUCCUUCCUCUCUGCAGCACUUUGGAAAUCGAAAAAGCAAGUGAGAAAUGUUUAAAACUGGAACCGUCCGAGAUAAACAACGGCUGCUUUGUGGCCGUGCUGACAAGAGAGCAGGAUCCUUCUGGGACAGUCUCAGUCAAAGACGUUUUGGCUCGAGCUGCAGCAAAGGGGCUCUUGGACGGCAUCAAAACAAUUAAACCAGCAAAGAAAGAAAGAAGGAAAUCCAAGCCAGCAACACAGACCACCAUUGCAAGCAGUGGAACCCAGGACAGAAUCGCAGAGUUCUUGAAAAAAGAGAGUAAAGAGGCCACUAACAUUGUAAUAAAGCCUUACAUUAGCAAUGAUUCCUUGUUCAGGGAGAGCAAGACACGCAUUUCCAAUCCACCAAAGAGACUCCCCAAGGCCAGUCCUUCCAUGUCCAAGAUGAGUCCAGUGAAAAAGAUUCUUUCUAAAAGUUCAGCCACAGAACGGCAUUAUGAACGUCGUCGCUCUAAUGUUGCAAGGCCAAAACUUGAAGAAAUGUCUGUAUUGAAGCCAGUGGAGAUGAUCCUCCCUCCAGUGAUUUGUCGUUCUCACAGUUCCUACGGGUGUAACAGCAAAAGCCCCCCUCAUCUCUCAUAUUUUCGCUGGAAGGGUAGACACAGUCUUCCAAGGAACUUACUAACACCGACAUCUUCUACAAAAAUGAGCAAGCACAAUGACACUCCAACUUCACCUGCCAAACCCUCCCGACCUUGGUUAUAAGUGACUACAGAUUUAGAUUAGUAAUAUAUAUAUAUCUAUACUAUAAAAUCUAUCUACUAUAUAAAUGUAAUGUAGCCUGUAAAAUGUUACCCGGGUGGAUAUUGAAGUAUUGAAUGUUUACUGAAGUUCCAAAGCACAGCUUGUGUUUCAUAAGCCCAAAUCUCAAAUACCAACCACAAGGCCACACCUAUUGUAUAUAUUGGGUCCCUAAUCAGAAAGUUUAUACCUGGGCUCAUCUAGAGGGGAGGCAGACAAGGAGACAUAAAUAUAACAAUAAAAUAAGCUAAAAGUAUAGUUUUUUUUUUUUUACAAUGCUUUAAUAGAAGCUCCAUCUGUGUUGUCCAGGACUUAUCCCUGGCGCACCUGUGUUCAAAUGAGACCUGAAUUACCUCCAAUAUUUCUUACAAAAAUGUAUUUUAAAUAGUGUUUUUCAUAACUAUCACAAUAAGGCCUUAUAGUAUUAGUACUGUUCACCCAGAAAGCUGUAGGUUAUUUAACAGCUAUGGAGUUAUAUUUUUACAUAAAAAAUGCUGCAUAGAGAUAUUUUCAGUUAUAAUGGGGUAUGAUUGUACUUACAUAUUUUAAAACGUCUGCAGGGGUUCUCAUACCCUACCCCAAUGCAGUGGAAUUACACCUUCCAACAUGAUUUUGAAUAAUUUGUGCAGACAGUGGUGGUGGGGUUUGUCAUUUUCUACUUGAAGCUCAAGCACAUAAUUUCCAGUUACGUGGUACAAAGGAAAAUUACAGUGAAGUAUCUAAGUAACAAAACGUGUGACUAUCUCUCCAAUACAGAUUCAGGGUUAGGCUUUCAGACUUGGUACAUGCCAGACAGGAAAAUUCAAAGCAAUUAGAUGUGAGCAUAGUAUGGCCAUAGUAAAGAGCAUAUGGUGAAUAUCAAACACAAUACUGAGGAGACCUCAUUGUGAAAGUGGCACUUAUAACUAAACUGUAACUAUAAUAUAGGUAUUACUUCCCAAUUACACAAAACUUUUCCUUAAAUAUAAAUAACUUCUCCAAAUCCGAUAUGCCGGUCAAAGCUAAAUAACCUAGCAUAACUCAUUUUGUUGUAAUGAAUUAUAUCUAAUAAAAAAAACAAAACAAAACAAUGUAUAUUAAAAAGUAGUUGAGAUCCCUCUUCAGUAAAGGCCAUGAACCCAGCUCCCCAGCACACACAACAUGAAAUCACAGGUAAUUCUUUAAAAUAAUAUUUUUUGUAUUUCUUUCUUGGUGUAGGAAUUAAAUUGGUUCGGUCUGUUCGGAAAGAGAAUGGUUUAAAGAAUGGUCCAUUACUGAUCCAUUUUGGCAUGUUAGUAGUCCUUGUGAGUAUUAGGAACUUUAUCUUUUUUCCUAUUCAUAUUAGGAAGUCUAGCCUUAAUACUGAUGUUCAAAAUGACAAUUUGCAAUGUAUUAUCUGCAACAGUAACUAAAUGCUACUUACAGUAGUUCUGUAUAGACAACAAUGUCACCUUUGCAAGUUACGUUAAUCAAGUCAACUUUUCAGAAAUCUUCCUAACUGAUUUUUACAGGGAAGAAACGUUCUAUUGUGCCAAACACAACAAAAUGUACUGCAGUGAAUCAGCUUGGAUGUGUUUAUACAUAAAACAUACACUGCUUGUAUGUUUUAUGUAUAAAUCAUAUGUUAGCUCACUAUGCAUUUUUUUAAAUUCAGUUUUAGUGCUUUUAUUUCUGGAUAAUAAUCAUAAGGCGAAAUGUAUAAUUUACCUAGAAACAAUGUCAAAUUGUAAAUUACACAGACACAGAUAUAUAUAUAUCUAUAUAUAUAUACACACAUACACACACAGUAUAUAUAUAUAUAUAUAAUUUCUUUAUUUUUUAAUUUUAACGUUUUAUCUGUGUUUUAAUUUUAUGAAUAACUUAAUGUAAAACAAUACACCUUGAUUGCAGUUGUUUAUUUCUAAUUUGAAAAUGGACUCACAAAUAUACAGUGACUCUGAAGAGAUGAACAAAAUACUAAUAAAAAUAUGUUGUUGAUCA